CCGAGGUCCCACCUCACCACUUUAAGCUGUUGUAGUUGUGAAAACAGCUGCUGUGGUCAAGGCUCUCCUCUGUCUGACAAACACAGGCAGCGAUGGAGAACUUCAGACAGUUCCUGGUCGCCUUGUGUGCCGCCGCCGCCGUCGGUGUUGUCUCCAUUAUAUUCGUGCUGAGAUGGGUCCUGCAUUUUAAAGAGGGUUUAGCCUGGGAUGGAGGACUGGCUGAGUUCAACUGGCAUCCGGUCUUAAUAGUCAUCGGGUUUAUUUUCUUGCAAGGAACAGCCAUUGUCGUCUACAGGCUCCCAUGGACAUGGCAGUGCAGCAAGCUGAUAAUGAAGUUUAUCCACGCGGGCUUGAAUUUACUAGCCUUCAUUCUCGCUGUCAUAUCUUUGGUGGCGGUUUUUGACUUCCACAAUGCUGCCAAAAUCCCCAACAUGUACAGUCUGCACAGCUGGCUGGGCCUGACAGCAGUCAUACUGUACUGUCUACAGCUUGUUCUUGGAGUUGGCAUGUACUUGAUACCAAUUACACCUGCGUCCUGGAGAGCAGCCUUCAUGCCCCUCCAUGUCUACAGUGGUCUUUUAAUCUUCACCGGCGUGAUAGCUGUGGCACUCAUGGGCAUCACUGAAAAACUCAUUUUUGGCCUGAGCAACCCAAAGUACAAGGACUCUCCCCCAGAGGCAAUUUUUGUUAACAUUCUGGGACUCCUCCUCGUGGUUUUUGGAGCUCUUAUCCUCUGGAUUGCCACUCGAACGUCUUGGAAACGCCCCAGUGACCAGACCCUGCAUACUCUGCAUACCAACGUGGGAGGUGAAGACAGCAGCAAAGUCGGUCCAGUUAUGUCUCAGCUGUCUGAUGGAACUGAUGCUGAGCCGUCUGGGGAUGUCAGACGGAGGAGUAACAAACUAGAUGAGCAGGAUAACUGAUUAAAAAAUAUCCGACUUGGAGUGGAGACUGUUUCCAGUGCUGAAUGUAUGUAUACCCAGUCUACACUGGUCAGAGAAAGUCAAAAGGAAUAUGUUUUGGCUGGUCUUUUGAUACUUCGCUUUCUCUCUUGCACCUUAAAGUAUUUUGUUGUUGUUUCUCCAACAUGUAUUGUUAUGAGUGCAUGUAAAUAAUAUUGAGCUACUUUAUAACUAGAUUCAGAUUAUGUGUGUAAACUAUAUUGUCAUACAUGUACCACAAUCAUGACAGAUUUUCUAUUUGUAUAUUGUCUCUUUAGUUUUGUCAUAUCAAGGUUUCUGAACUAUCCACAUUUUACAAUAAAUAUUUGCAACUUCUAA